CCUCAGAGCACACGUGUGUCCUUAACUCCUGUUAUAACCUUUGUCCUUCAACUUUCCCUGCUCCGAAGACCUUUAACCAGGUGCGACAACUGUAAAAAAAUAAUAGGCGAGGUUAAUUGUUGCGUCGCAUUGUUGUGUUUGUGUCGGUGACCCGGGUGUGUUAGUGCGAGAGAUAGGUAUGGUAGGCACUGAGAGUUAGUGCUAACAUGGGGUUAGUGCGGGUGGUUAGUGUGUUAACCCUGGUGUUACUUGCUCAGGAGGCUUGGACCUGGGGAAAAAGAGACAAGUUGACGGGCGACUCCCGCACGCUGUACCCUGGGGUGUCCAACGUCGCGGCGCGGGCGGAGGUGACCGCCAACGCGACGUGCGGCGAGCGUGGCCCGGAGGUCUACUGUCGCCGGAGCCUGAGGGGCGGCAGCGGCUGUGGCGUAUGCGACUCCCGCAGUCCCGACCCCAGCAAGCGCCAUCCCCCCAGGCACAUCGUGGACGGCGCCUCCGACACCUGGUGGCAGAGUCCCUCCCUCGCCACCGGGGCGGAGUUCGAGUGGGUCACCGUCACUCUGGAUCUUAAACAGGAGUACCAAGUGCAGUAUGUGAUCGUGAAGGCUGGCCCUUCCCCACGUCCAGGGUCCUGGGUGCUGGAGAAGUCAAGAGAUGGUGAGGUGUGGAGUCCCUGGCAGUACUUCGCCCCCUCGGACGAGGAGUGUUGGACACGCCAUGGAGUGCGACCAGCACCUCACAACACCGAUCUGCAGACGGACUCUGAUGUCAUCUGCACCUCCUACUUCUCCACCAAGCCUAAGCCGUUUGAAAAUGGCGAGAUCCACGUGUCGCUGGUGAGAGGCCGUCCAGGUGCGAACUCUUCCAGUGAGGAGCUCCUGAGGUUUACAAGAGCUCGCUACAUCCGGCUGAGACUGCAAGGCCUCAUAGCUCCUACCUCCAAGGACCGUUUCUUCAAGAAUGUUGACUUUCCCAAGAAGAUGUUUUACACCAUAAAAGACGUCACUGUGGGAGGCCAGUGCAUCUGUAAUGGACAUGCAUCUGAGUGCAGAUUCAGUUCAUCUAGUGGGGAGUCGGAGUGUGAAUGCAGCCAUAACACUUGUGGUCCUCACUGCGACCGCUGCUGUCCACUGUACCACCAGGAGCCGUGGCGACCGGGCAGUGUGUGUCAUCAGUGUCAGUGCUUCGGACACUCCUCGUCCUGCCAUUAUGAUCCAGCUGUUGCUGCAGCUCGGCUCAGCCUCAACAUGUACGGAGUCUUCUCUGGCGGCGGAGUGUGCAACAACUGCUCGAAACACACGACGGGCGUGAACUGUGAGCAGUGUGAGGCUGGCUGGUACCGGCCGCUGGGUGUGAGACCGGACGCAGCAGAGCCUUGUCUGCCAUGUAACUGUCACAGACAGGGCUCCAGCGGCCUGUGUGCUAGGGACGACUCCCAGGGAAAGCCAGCAGGCACUUGCGAGUGUCUUGUGGGUUUUACUGGAGCUAAGUGUGACUCCUGCGCGGUCGGCUUCCACAACUUCCCCAACUGUGAGCCUUGCCCUUGCGACCCGGACGGCUCUCUAGCCACUCACAACUGCGGCAGCACCUGCCAAUGCAAGACCAAUGUGGAAGGUGACCGGUGUGAGAGAUGCAAGCCAGGCUACUUUUUCUUGGACAGAGACAAUCCGGAUGGCUGUACAGAGUGUUACUGUUCUGGAGUCACCCACUCUUGUGUGGAGGCCUCAGGGUAUAGGCUACAUGAGGUGAACACCCUGGCCAACUGGCUGAUUAGUGACUUAAACGUGAGCCGGACAGUUCUGCCCUCACUGGACCCAGACACAGGGCUGCUGUCUGUGGGUAACUACGAGCUGCCCGACCUGGAGAGCUACUAUUGGCUGGCGCCCGGGGAGUACCUCGGCAACAAGCUGACCAGCUACGGAGCCACACUAACCUUCCGGGUCAGCUGGGUCGUCAUGCGAGGCGACACUAGCGGCAAACCCACCAUGGGUCCUGAUAUUGUACUGGUGGGAGAGAAUGGGGUACAUCUGGGGUACGGAGAGAGCUGGUAUCAUCAGAACAACAUGAGUGUGACAGUGCAACUGGUAGAAACUGGCUGGUACCAGCUGGAGGGAGGACCAGCCACCAGACAGCUGAUACUGAGUGUACUGGCCAAUGUCAAGUAUCUGAUGCUGAGGGCAAAGUUCCACACUGACCAAGUAGAGGGGAGUCUGGCGUUUGCCUCGCUUGAGACAGGUGUGAAGGGACUGAGUGUAGGAGGGACUGCCGUGGGCUACCUAGAGCAGUGCCACUGUCCACUCGGUUACGCAGGGCUGUCCUGUGAAGACUGUGACUUUGGCUUUGCUAGGAUACUACCGGACGGUUCCAACGCACGCCAACACGCUGUCUGCUCCAAGUGUAACUGCCACGGACACGCAGCCUCAUGUGAUCCGGUCACAGGCCAGUGUGGGGAGUGUGUACACAACACCGUAGGUGCCAACUGUGAGAGCUGUGCAGCGGGUUACUACGGAGACGCUACUCGCCAGACACCCCAGGACUGUCGCCCUUGCUCCUGUCCCCUCACUACCCCUGGCAACAACUUCAGCCCCUCGUGUCACGCUGAGGGAGAUGACCAUGUGUGUACUCAGUGCCCCGAGGGAUACCAAGGCCGUCACUGUCAAGAGUGUGCCCCUGGGUACUUUGGCAGCCCGACUACGCCCGGCUCCAGCUGUCAGCCGUGUGAUUGUGACGACAGUCCGUGUGACCCUCUGACUGGGCAAUGUGUCAGUUGCCGAGGAAACACCGAGGGGUGGCGAUGUGAGAAAUGCAAGGCUCUACACUACGGCGACCCUUCACUGCACGACUGUAAACCCUGCGAAUGCAAUGAGAUUGGAUCGCUAGAUGAAGAGUGUGAUCCCGAGAACGGACAAUGCGAAUGUAAGGAAAGAUUCACUGGAAGGAGCUGUGACCAAUGUCUUCCUGGGCUGGGCAACGUGACUGCAGGUUGUGUACCGUGCCAGUGUGCCGGUGAUGGUGUCGCCAGUGAAAUGUGCGACCCAGUCACUGGCGCUUGUCCCUGCCUGCCUGGUGUCCAGGGUCCGAUGUGUCACCACUGCCUUCCUCAACACUACGGCUUCUCUUACUCUGGAUGCGCCAGUUGUGGAUGCAACAGUUUAGGCUCGGAGAGUCCAGACUGUGACAUAGACACAGGUCAGUGUCUGUGCAAGGCCAACGUCGCGGGUCGAGCCUGUGACACUUGUCAGGCUGGAUGGUGGGGCCUACAUGAGACUGGGUUUUGUUCUCCCUGCCAGUGUGAUGUGCUAGGAUCUUUCAACUCCUCUUGUGACGCGGCCACGGGACAGUGCUUCUGUAAACCUGGUGUUGGAGGACUCAAGUGUGAUCACUGUCUGCCUCUCUUCUACGGCCUCUCUGUGUACGGCUGCUCAGAAUGUGAGGUUUGCAACAAGCCUGGUCACGUGUGUGACCCUGACACCGGCCGAUGUGUGUGUCCUCCCUAUACACAGGGACCUGAGUGUCAAUACUGCCAACCUAACUGCUGGGGCUACCAGUCCAACAAGGGCUGCAAGCAAUGCAAUUGUGACCCCCGUGGCUCAGUAGGCGCUCAAUGUGACGAACGCAGUGGCCAGUGCCGUUGUCAUGAGGGCUACGCAGGCACUCAGUGUGACAGUUGCGCUCGAGGUUUCCAUGGGUUCCCACGGUGUCGACCUUGCGACUGCCACCGUCCGGGCACCAAGCCUCAGCACUGCCCGGGUGGUGUGUGCUCCUGCGAUGACAACGGACAGUGCCCAUGCAAGGCCAACGCAGCUGGUAAGAAGUGUGACGAGUGCAAGAUAGGAACGUUCGGCCUGCAGGAGGAACAACAGGACGGUUGUGUUCAGUGUUUCUGUUUCAACCGCACGACUCGAUGCAGAGAAGCAGCAGCAACCUGGACACAAGUGCGGACACCUCGACCUCGUACACUGACCGUCACUUAUGACAACACCACCGGCACCGAGAACGCCUUCCCAGUCAACACGCAGGAGGUGUGCUACAUAAAUCUUGCAGUGCCAGGAUCGAAAGGAAUGAGUCUGAAUGGAGACGAGAGCCGGCUAAACAUUACCAAUAACCUGAGGAUCAUCCCAGGGGACGCUUGGGACGUGGAGAUCGGAGUUAGUUACCUCUUCGACUCCCCCGUCUACUGGCAACUGCCUUCCAACUUUUUGGGUGAUAAGAUCCUGUCGUACGGAGGCUAUCUACGCUUCACAGUAGAGACAGAGGGAGGGACCACUCAGCUGCCAGCCGCAGUGUUAUCCUCCUACCCUCUCAUACAGCUGCAAGGCAACAGACUGAUACUGGAGCACUACCCCAUGCAGUUCAACCCCUCGGCCACCCUUAGUGUCAGGUUCCAUGAACAUUUUUGGCGGAUGAAAAACAACCCAACGAGCAAAGUUAGUAGAGACAUGUUGUUGGUGGCUUUACAAAAUCUACAACACAUCUUGAUCAGAGCCACAGACUCGGUUGAUUUAAAGCGAGCAACGCUACAAGACGUUACCCUGGACACUGCAGUACUGUCGCCCGGGGGAGGUUUGCCGCGAGCCAGAGGCAUCGAGCAGUGCGACUGUCCACCACACUACAACGCCACCUCCUGCCAAAACUCUGCUCGGGGCUUCUACCGCUACCACAACAAGACCAAGACCAGCUUGUUGUCCGUGGUCAUCGGGGAGUCUCGCCCUUGUCAGUGCAACAACCGUUCGUCUGUGUGCGACAUAGAGACUGGCAGAUGUUUGGACUGUGCGGAUAAUACAGGUGGCCAUCACUGCGGGGACUGUGCUGAGGGAUUCUACGGUAACCCUGAGCUAGGGGGUUGUAGGCCGUGUCCUUGUCCUGCAGUGGAGCAGAACUUUGCCUUCAGAUGUGACGUGCGGCCCGGACAAGAACCAUUUUGUGCCUGCCGGCCAGGCUACACAGGGAAACUAUGCGACAGGUGUGCGUACGGGUGGUACGGCUACCCACGGGUGCCAGGAGGGUCGUGUGUGCCGUGCGAGUGCAGUCCCUACGGCAGCGUGAGUGACGAGUGCCAUGAGGAGACAGGACAGUGUAAUUGCCGUGCAGGCAUCACAGGGCGGGACUGCUCUCAGUGUCAGGCGCGACACAUACUCACCGAGCAAGGCUGUGCUUCCUGUGACGACGGAUGCACGGGCCUACUGCUGGACAAGGUAGACGAACUACAAGCGGUGCUGGAUUACGGGGCUGGACACCUGGUAGACGGAGCACUGGCCCCGCCCUGGGAACAGCUGUUGUCAGCGGAGCAUGCGGCUACGGAGUUGAGACAGCUGCUGCAGCGACAUGCCAACAUCAGUGAAACUCUGCAUAACCUACCAGUCACCAUAGACGACACCCUUAGCAAGAAGGCUAAACAGCUUCUUAACAAGGCUAAGAAAAUGGAAAAACUGUGCAACACAACAAAUUUUAAUGCAUUUGACACAAAAACAGAAGCAGAGGGCCUAUUUUCAGAAAUCAAGGAAACCGACAUUGAGAAUAGAGGGAUUGUGGAUCAGCUGUUAGGCUAUGGUAAGGGCGAUCUGGAGGGAAUCAGCAUUGCUCAGGCGUUGUUUCAAGCCAAGCUUCUUAUUGGAGAUAUCCGAGACCUCGGCAACUAUGAACAUCUGUCUAACUCAGCUGACUCCGUCAACAAAUUCUGCAGCAAAACACUAGAAGAUCUGCCACAGAUUAUUGGACAUUUUUCCGAUGUUGAAGUUUUAAAACAAAGGCUGUCAGAUGUGCAAGAAAAAGUGAUGGAUUUGGACAUUAUCGUGGCUUCUGUCAAAGACAAUAUAAAUAAGGCCUCAAAAAUUGCUGGUGAUAGCAGGAAGAUUCUAGACAAUGCUAAAAAGAGCAUUGACAUGUCAACAAACAUUGAAGCGGAUAUCAACAGCAUUGCGAAUAAGAGUAAAGAAAUGACAAAUACUGCUAAUGUAUUUCUUGAUGAAACGGGGGACAACUUUGAGGGACUUCGAAUAAUGAAAGACCAACUCCGAAACUUGACAGACGAAACGGAACUGAAAAAAAGCGAUCUCUCAAUCAUGAAUCCAAUAAAUGAAAAUGAAUAUGUUCGGCCGGCAGAAAGGCAUGCUGAAGACUUAAUGAUGAAAGCUCAACAAUAUGCUGAUCUGUUUGUGGCCACAAGGCAAGAUGCAGGUGUAGCUUUGCGGGCCAGCAAGGCCUACCAGGACAUCGCAGACGCUCUGCAAGGGGCGAGGGAAGCAGCUGACAAUGCUAGUCUGGCUGCUGACUUUGCAUUUGAGAAGGUUUAUCCAGGCGUGGGUCACAGAUCUCUGAUAGACGAGGCAGCAGCUGUGAGGGCAAAGGGACGGACACUGGAGGGGAUGCUGGUGGCUCGUAAGCGGCUGACGGAUGAUCUACGGGAAGGAGUGCGAGCCCCAGAGGCACAAGUCAUGGUGUUACGAGACAUGUUGACGGCUGCAGGCAACGGGGAUAAUGCUAUCUCUCGGGAACUGCAGAAGCUGGCGACUGACUUUGAUGGUAAGGAAGCAGCUGAAGCUAUUGUAGCAGCUGAUGAGCUGAUAGAUCGGACAACUGCUUACGAGGAGGUAGCAGACUUAAUGACGGAUAAAGUAAACAAUGAGCUAAAACCUGCAAUGAAGAAACUUUCAAGCGAAGGGGAAGAAAGUAUCACAGCAGCUGAGAAUUUAAUUUCAGAGGUUAAUGCUAACGUCCGGAAAGCUCAAGAUCUUGCCUCUCAGAUCACAAUGACUGCUCGAAAACAAUCAGAAGAGUUUGCAGUUUGGAACAGCUCAAUCUCAGCAAAACUUGAUGAGCUGCGCAGCAAAAUUAUGCAAGCAAGACAUAUAGCGGAUGGUAUCCGAUUGUCUAUGACUGGUCGCGAGGGGGCGAGUUGUGUGAGGUCGUACGAGCCAUCGCAGCUGGAGCCAUCGACCAUGACAUCCAUCGUGCUGAGUUACGCUAUCAGCAGCCAACAGAGGGACGCCCUGCUGUUCUACUUGCCCAGCACCACCUCGGAUGACUUUAUCGCCGUGGAGAUGGUGAACCGCAAGAUGAGGUUUGUGUGGAACGUAGGAGGUGGUCCUGGGGAGGUGACUCACCCCCUCCACAUCCAGACAGCUGGGGACCUCAGCAACGACCAGCAUUGGUACAGGGUGGAGGCGGAGAGGAUCAGCAAUGUGGGCCGACUCUCAGUAAGGCCCCAAGUACUGCCUGAUGGGUCGCCCCUAGCUAGUGGCUCUCCCGUCAGUAACGUGUCGGCCCCAGGGGUGGGCAGACUGGACGUGGGCCCCGGCGCUCGGGUGUGGGUGGGUGGCCCUGGGCCCCGCAGGCCACCACAGCUACUGUCCACCCAGCCGGGCCUUGUCGGGUGUUUGCAUCGCCUUGAGUUGGACGGACGACCCAUCGGACUUUGGAACUUCAAGUCAGACAAUAACGCUUGUACGGCCUGCAUAGAAGGAGCCGAAGAAGUCAAAGAUGAACAGUCCUUCACUUUCACGGGUGAUGGUUACGUGGUUCUGCGGCAAGACAGUUCCAGUGCUUACAACAAAUAUCUCUUCAGUGUAUCCGUCAACUUCCGAACUUUCGAUGAAAAUGCUUUGUUGUUUCUGUCAGUCAGCUCCCAACAAGACAGAUUUGUGUCUCUAACACUCUCGCAUGGACACGUUGUGUUUAGAAUUGGCUAUGGUGGCGACUCAAGUCUGGAAAUGAUGACUUUGAAAAGAUACAACACUGGAAACUGGACUAGACUUGAAGCAAGUCGUUAUUUUGACAGAAAGAAGAAAAUUGAAAAAGGUGUCCUCAAAGUAGAGACAGAAAUAAGAGACGGAGCCCCUACACCACCUCCAAGUCAAGACUCCAUUCCAGACUUUUCGGGUGCUUUAUUUUACGUGGGUGGUGUUCCCCCGGGAUUCAAACCACCCGUCAACAUUCCCGGGUCUUUCUUGGGAUGUAUGUCAGACUUCCAAGUACUCCAAGAAGGAUACCACCUGCUGAAGAACAGUUUCUGGGGCGUACAAGCUUCCUGUUCUGAUAAGCCUCUCACCGUAGUUGGUUUCAAUGGUAACGGCUACUUAGAGUUGGCAUCACAUUCUCUCAAGAAGAAAGCUUCUUUUGGAUUUGUGUUUGCGACAACACAAGAAGAUGCUUUGCUGAUGCUGUCUACUUUUGAAGGACUGGCAGGACACUACCAGCCCCUUGAGGAUAAUGAAGAAAUAACUAACACUAUCGAGCAAGAGGAUCGCCUCAGCUACUACACAGUGAGUCUACGCAGAGGUCAGUUGGACGUGAGACUCAACGCAGGCCGAGGCGAGGUGCGACUGGCCAGCACAGGCUCGGAGUAUGGAGAUGGGAGAUACCACUCCCUGUCUCUGACCAAGCAAGGGCGUCGGCUGGAGCUGAGGGUAGACGAUACUCUGCACGCCAGCGCCAGUCUACCAGAGGGCGCCACUGUUGUCAAGGCGCCGGGCAGCGCCGGAGGACUGUUCCUGGGCGGGCUGCCUCCAGGGUUCAACACCACUGGGCGAACCGUUUCUAGUAUUCCAUUCAUUGGCACUAUCAAGGACGCCAUAUUUAAUGAUCAGCUGCUCCACUUUGACCGGCCAGUGUCGUUUGAGCACGCGGACAUAGGCAGGGAGGGCCCCGCGGGUGGCCGGUCGCCUACAGUCGCACCUGUCAUGGAGGGUCGCGCAGUCGCAGGGUGUCGUAAGGUCACGAGCUACACACUGCAGCCUGGAGCCGUCAAGUUUGGAGAUUCCACGUACACUCACGUCCACGUCAACUUCCGCAAGAGGAGCACUUUCCAGAAGAACUUCACCGUGGAGAUACGCUUCAGGACUUUCUACCCUGAAGGGUUGAUUUUUGUUGUGCCUGGUGUCAGGGGGAAGCAGCAUUUCAUCAUGGUCUCGCUUCAGAACGGCCGAUUACACACCGUUUUGAAAGGAAGAAAAAAAGUAGAGCUUUCAUCACAAGCAGUGCUCAAUGACGGUGCCUGGCAUCAUGUGACGAUUCAGAAAGAAGAUAAAAAGCUGUGGCUCAAGAUUGACUUCAUUGCACCCGAGAAGAUGAAAGUUCCAUUCAAGAGAAUGAACGUAGGCAGUGUAAUGUAUGUGGGAGGAGUUCCUAAUGCUGCCCUCGCUCUGCCAAUGUCAUUGAUAUCAAAGAUUGAUGGAUUCAAAGGCUGCAUGGAGGGAAUGAGGGUGAAUGGACGCGGGGAAGAUUUGGUCGGGGACAAAGCGGUUCCUCACAAGGUGGGGCAGUGUUUUCCCCACAUAGAGCGGGGCUCAUACUUCCCUGGCGACGCAUAUGCGGUUUAUGAUACACACUUCCAAGUUGGAGGUCAGCUGGAUUUGGAACUUGAAUUCCGGACGUCCGAGAUGAGCGGAAUUCUACUGGUCGUGUCAGAACCGCAGGGCUACCCAACGGUUUCACUGGAACUGGACAGUGGAAAAGUAGUGCUUGCCGGAGACAUGGGCGACAGACGUCCGUGGAAGGUAGAGCAAGGGUUUGCUACAGAGUAUGCGGUGUGCGACAACAGGUGGCACCACGUGUCUGCGCGAUACGCGGAGGGACGGGUGACCCUGAGGGUGGACGGAGUGGAGCAGAGCUACUGGCUGGCUGACCACGGACACUUGACGGAAGCGGACACUAGCAGUCCACUGUACAUCGGCGGCCUUCCAGAUAAUGCAGCCAGCGGAACUUUGCAGUCGAGGGAAAACUUCAAAGGCUGCAUUCGUAACGUUAGAAUCAGUGGGGAGAGAAAAGACUGGACGACGAUGACGUCUUUGCAUAACAUACUGUUAAGCUCGUGUCCUCUACCUAGUUGAUCGUAUAGUACAUAACCUAAAAUCUCGAGCUGUGAUCAAACACUGCCAUAGCCUUCUUCAUAAUCUGUUUGCAAACGAGUCUCUAAUACUAUAGGUAGCGAUUGUUAAUAAGCAAAUUGAUGCAAAUACAAUAAAACCGCAACAAACUGAAGGGUGCAAGGCCAUUUUCAGAUAAUAUAUUUUCCCAGGAAAUCUAUGAAUGGAAUUUAAAGGCUACUUUGGUUUAAAAAAUCCACAAUAGUGAUUUUUUACAUUAUUUUAUUUCCUGUCAUCUUCAAAUCGACAACUUUAUAUCAAAUCGAUUUUUCAAAA